AUGGACCUCAUCACCGACACCCUCCAAACGCAGGAGAUCAGCUUCACCUCCAUCCUCAAACAUACCCACAACCUCGACCCAGCCCAAGUCCGAAAGGCCCUCCAUCAACACCACGCCCGCAUGCUCGCCAUCGCAGCCUUGCAGUAUCCCAUCGGCCUCCCACCACCCACCUCCGUCUCCGCCGAGAAAGGCAAGGGCACGCCCCUCUCCAGCAGCAAGCGCAGCUUCCCAAGCGACGACGAAUCUUCCACCGACGAUACUCAAGAGCCCUCUCCCAGCCUCAGAUCCGCACCAUCGGGUAGGUUCGCUCGUCGCGGUAGUCGUCGAUCAGGCUCGGCUUCAAAGCGGAGAGCUCCCCCUAGCGCCGUGACCGCGACCGCAACCCCGACCCCGAAGACGAGGAAGAUCUCCGGGCUGAAGCAGAGCACCACCCCCCAUGCCCAUGCCCGUGCCAAUGCCCCCUCAACCGCCCUGGGUGAUGUCCGCGCCCGUCUGAAGUCUGGCGGGGCCAAGAAGCUAUUCACUCUCCCUCCUGCCUUCACGACCCACUCCAGCGGCUUCAAGGCGGUCAAUCUAAUCAGCGAAACCGAGUCGUCCUGCAUGGAGGACUCUGGUCACGAGGCCUCCGAGGAGCAGGAGGGUGGUGAUGAUGGCGGCUGGGCCAGCGACGACGGGUUGCCUGUCCGCAAGAGUCGGGGAGGUGCCAAGAUGCCACGGGAGAUGCGCCCUUUCGCUGAUCUCGGAUUGGAUUCGGCUUGGAAGGGCAAGGAGAAGGAGGCAGGUGAUGAUUACGGUAUCGAGGUCGACAUGAAUGCUGAGAAGCUGAGAGGUACUAGGAUUGGCUCGGGGAAGAUAGGAGGUACGCAGAGAGGUGAGAGUAGUCGAUCAGGCAGUGCACGCUACACCCAGCCGGACUCUUCCCCAAAUUGA